GCGGUGGCGGUGACGAUGACGAUGGCCGGGCAGGGAGGAAGCAGAGGGGCCCGGCUGGCUGCCGCGCUGCUCAGGGCGGAGCGGCGGGCUCGGCCGGCUGGGCAGGAGGAAGGACGAGGUCGGGUCCUGGUAGCAGCCAUGGCGGAGGACGGGGACCGGAGCAUCCACACGCAGCACAUCUCAGCCGUGCACAACGUGCCCAUGAGUGUCCUCAUCCGGCCCAUCCCUGCCGAGCUGGAGCCGGGCAAGGUGCAGAGCCUGAUGGAGACCCUGCAGGAGCAUCCUGAGCGGGUGCCCCCCAUCGACGUGCUCUGGAUCAAGGGCAGCCAGGGCGGGGAUUACUUCUACUCCUUCGGGGGCUGCCACCGCUUCGCCGCCCACCGGGCGCUCAACCGGGAGACCAUCCCUGCCAAAAUCAUCCCGUCCACCCUCAGCGACCUCCGCACCUACCUGGGCUCCUCCACACCCAACCUGCGCUAGCCCGGUGCCCCGUGGGCUGAGCUGUGGGCCUCAUCCCGGGGCUCCGUGAACCUCCGGUGGGGUCGUGGUCGCCCCAGUUCAUGGCGAUGGGGGGUGUCCCCGUGGUGUUGGGGUACCCCCGCCUCCUCCCCUCCUCCGGCCGGGAUGGGAGGAGAGUCUCGCUGGCAGCGGGAGGCGCCCGGGGCGGUGUGGCGCGGCGGGGCCACCAGGUGGCGCUAUUGUGCCGCGCUGCGCCGCCCCGAGCGGCGGCGGGGACCGGGAUGGGACGGAGCGGGAUGAACCGGGACCGGGACGAGACGGACCGGGAGGAGAGGGGAGGGGGGAGACGACGGGAUGGGACGAAGCCGGCCAGGACGAACGGGGACGGGUUAAACCGGGGCACGGUUCAACCGGGACGGGCUGGGCUCAACCGGGGCACAGCUCAACCGGGACAGGGUGGGCUCAACCGGGGCACGGCUCAACCGGGGCACAGCUGAACAGGAACGGGCUGAACCGGGACUUGAGGGGCUCAACCGGGGCACAGCUCAACCAGGACGCAGCUCAACCGGAACGAGUUGAACGGGGAUUUGAGGGGCUGAAGUGGGGCACGACUCAACCGGGACAGACUGAUCCGGGACGGGACGGGUUGAACCGGGGCACGGCUCAGCCGGGACUGACUGAAUCGGGACGGGUUGAAACGGGGCACGCUGGAACUGGGCCAUGUCAUCUGGGCACAGCCGAACCGGGAAGGGAUACAGGCAAACCGGGACACAUCCGAUUCGGGACACAGCCGUACCGGGAGGAGGCACAGCUGAACCAGGCACGGCCAGUUCAUCCUCUGCCUGGAUUGGGAGCACCCUGGGCUGUGUCUGCCCCAGAACUGUCUGUCCCCAUCCCUGGACACAUCCCACAGACCCCUUCUCUGUGGGGGAUGUCUCUGGAAUGGGACACCCACUGCUGUACCUGGAAUAAAGUCAA